AUGUCCCAGCCGUACACACCGGUCUCCGACACGCUCAGUACCGUGGAGUGGGACCUACUGGCCGAUGCGUCUAUGCCACCUCCGACUGACGUGUUCGCGGCGUUCGCAGACGCGUCUAUGCCACCCAGCGCCAUCUUCUCGACAUCCCAAUUGGACUUCGAGGAGUGGUAUGAACAGGACCUAGGGCUCAACUCAUCAUCCUUUCUCAUCGAUCCUAUCCAACCCAACCCCUCUAUGUCACUCAAUGACGCUCACCUUCCUGCUCUACCCACGCCUAGUCGCGACUGUGGCCCCGUCGAUGACAUGCCACCAACACUAUCCUCCAACAACUCUACUCAAACGUCCCCCUCGAUCUACGGCACCCCGCUUUCAACGGCACCUUCAUCGAACACCCAAUACCUGACGCCAUCACCUCCAAGCAGAUGCGAAGAGCCGGCUCGUUCUCAUCCUCCAGCCGCCCCAGCCGGGGUAAUCAGCAACUCUCAAGCUCUCCCCGACGUCGUUUUAUCGGAGCCUCGCGCCGAGAACGCUGUCUCGUAUCCUUCUAAACCGAGAUCCUCAGACACUCCUCAUACGCAAUUGUCUCUCAACGCUGCAAGCAAUUCCCUUGGCUCCUCCUACUCUACUAGCGAGUCGUCGGCAGGAUAUCGCCCAAUUCGACCUAAGAACCCUAUAAGUACGCAUUGUUCGGGUGCCAAUGCAGACUUUGAGGGUGCAAGAAGGAUGAACGCUCAAGAGAGGGUAAAACCUCUCUUGAACGCAUAUCCCACCGGACGUGCAGGCGAGUCUACACCUAUGCCUGAGCCAGAGGGGAUGGAUCGGAUAGACUUCCGUAAUCUGGAACUGAUCCCCGAAUGGGCAAACAACGUGGGCGUUCCGGAGUCUGUGAACAACAGGCGCUGCUACGGCGUGUGGGUCCAUCAGGUGUUGAAGGACCUUAAACCACCUCCCCUCCGGUUCGACGACGACCUUGAGUGGCAUCUCGAGAUGCUACGGCGGAGGUGCUUCAAGUUGCUCGCCGACUACGAUCCAGCGACGUUUGGCAAGGACGGGACGAGAAACAAGACUCGCGGUCAGGAUGUUUUGGUGUCGGUGGAUCAACCCGUAAAAGAGGAUGAAACGACGUGUUCCGAAUCAAGUUCGGGACCUAUUAACCCAUCGCCUCAUCAAGCUCAAGUAUCAUCUCUCCCCAACAAAGACCCUCCUGAUGCACAGACGGAGAGUACGAGCCACGAUCCCUUUCAAAACCCUGGCCAGUUCGCUGUCUAUCGACAUGCGACUGGUACGGCCAAAGGAAAGAGAAAAGCCUCGCCUCAAUCGACGAGCACCAGGGCGAACGCUCGAGCCAAACGAUCAAGGCCCAACGACAACGACACUCUCUUCGUCCACUACAGUGAAGAGAGCACCACAAAACAGAAGAAAACCAGCUCCGCGUCCACGACUUCCCAUGUAGUCGCGGACGUACAACCAGCGGUGUCCUCCGCCGGUCACUCUCCUUCAGCCGCAGCGGCGGGAUGGGUAUACCCCCAGCCGUCGAUGGCCAGUGGCAAUUGGAGAUGGGAUGGAGGACGAAGACAAGGGCACACGACGGAACCUCGCACGAUGCCACAUCACCCUAUCAACUCCGCGCAUCCGACUCCUCCAUCCGGUUAUCACCGGCACAGUCAGUACCCGCCUUCCACUUACGGCCCGUCACGGCCCACCUCUUUCGCGCCGACUUCGAUAAUGGCGAGCGAGGCACCUACUCCUACAUAUCCUGGCCCGGGGACGCAUUUUUAUCACCCUGUCCCGACGCCGCAUCAUGUGCACCCUUAUCCAACGGCGCAUCGUGGCCACCCAGCCCCGAUGAUGUCGGGUUACGGCCACUACCUGCCCAACUCCACCAUCCCGGCAGGCCAAGAUCAUGUAGAACAACUUCAUGGACUCAUGUACUGAAGGAGGCUUCGUAUCCAACGUCUCAUUUAUUUAGACCGACAAUACCUCACUUUACUUACGAAACUACCAGUCAUAGUCGCGCGUGCGGUAGAGUCACCACCAUAUAUUUAUUUCGAUCUCGGGUAUAUAUUUUGUAUGCUGUACUACAUUUACAACGUCUUAGACCAC